AUGAAGCCGCUUCUGGCAACGCUCCGACAAUCGCUCUCAGUAGGCACUUAUAUACAGAAGUCUGACACAAACACAAGGAUGAAGACACUCACAAUAGCAGUAAUCGGCCCCAGAGGCUGUGGUAAGACAACAUUUAUCCGAUCCCUAUUCGAAAACGCGGGCGACUACGUAGCCGCCCAAGAUGACGACAUCAGCAUACACACAGCCAACCUCGAUGAUCAGGACCUUCAAAUGCAUCUCAUUGACACACCCUACCUCUCUCCCGACAAGCGGCGUCUCCCAGACAUGGAGACACUCAACUACAUCAAGACCCGGCUCAAGUCCAUGGACACACAGAUAGACGGCGUCAUCUACCUCCAGCGCAUCAUGGAUCUAAGCUACGCUGACUACGCAGCUCGUAACCUGGACGCUUUUUUGAACGCCUUCAAGUCCCGUGGAUUCCGGCACGUCGUCGUCGCUGCCACAAACUGGGAUCGUGUUACGAGUGAGGCUGACAGCUCGGCGCUGGAGGGGUACUUCUACGAUCAUCUGGACCGCGAAUCUUUGGCCAGUUCACUGGGAGUACGGAUCCAGCGAGCUAGGUUGAGCGACUCGACGGACGCGAGUUGGGAUCUUUUGGAAAGUAUGAGGUAUGUCGAGACGCCGGAGCCGUCUCCGCCGCCUUCACCACCGCCACCUACCCCGGCUUCACCAUUACCUUCGUCUCCCGCCCCCGACGCCUCUUGGGUUCCUGGUGGUCACGAUUGCGAAGGGCCGUCGUCUGCUACAACUAAAGACAUCCGUCAGGAUAUGAAGUCGAGAAAGGGGUUGUUUUUGUACUGA